AUACAAUUCAAAGCAAGAGCUGGUCCCCACAUUCAUUGCAUUUAUAAGAAGAUUCAUCAACCUAUUUGGAAACAAUCAAUCGAAGAACGACCUAAUCAAAAGGGAGUAUCAAACCCUUUUUGUAACAAAUCCUUAGUAGGAGAAAGAUUUAAGUUUGAGAUUGCAGUCUUGAUAUCAAUUGUUGUCAAACAUGGCGCUUUUGGAACUUUUUAUUGCUGCAUCUAUGCCGGUUCUAAAAGUGUUGCUGAUUACUGCGUUGGGAGCUUAUCUUGCUCUAGAUCGUAUUAACAUUCUAGGAGAAGAUUCAAGGAAGCAUGUAAAUAAUCUAGUGUUUUAUGUGUUCAGUCCAGCACUUAUUUGCAGCAAUUUAGCCAAAGCAUUAACAUUUGACAGCAUGAUUGAGUUAUGGUUCAUGCCUGUCAACAUUCUCCUCACAUUUAUUGUUGGUUCGGCACUUGGAUGGGUUGUUGUACAUAUGACAAGAGCUCCUCUACAUUUACGAGGCCUUAUUAUAGGGUGUUGUGCUGCAGGAAAUUUAGGAAACAUGCUUCUUAUUAUAAUCCCAGCAGUCUGCAAAGAAAAAGGGAGCCCAUUUGGAUCUCCUGAUGUUUGUCGAGAAAAAGGACUAACUUAUGCUUCAUUGUCAAUGGCAAUAGGUGCAAUCUACUUGUGGUCUUAUGUAUACAACAUUGUUCGAAUAUCUUCAUGUAAGAAAAGCUCAGAAGAGGUUGAAGCCAAGAACUCUUCUGCCAGCAAGGCCUUCAGUGCAUCCCAAGAACCAAAACCAGGGGAUAUUGAGGAGCCAUUACUUUCAGGAAAGGAACAUAUAGUUUCUGAAUAUGCUGUUGCUGAUGAUAAUCUUCCUUCAAUUAUAUUUGAAAACAAAUCCCAGAUAUCAAUCUUAGAGAGGGUAAAGCAAUAUUUUGCAAAGUUAGAUGAAAAGAUGAAUCUGAAAAGAUUAUUUGCACCUUCAACUAAUGGAGCGAUUGCUGGAUUUGUGGUAGGCCUUGUACCUCAAAUCAAAUGGUUAUUGAUUGGUGAUGAAGCUCCUUUACGUGUAAUUCAAGAUUCUGCUUUUCUGCUCGGAGAUGGAGCUAUCCCAACACUUACUUUGAUUAUUGGAGGGAACCUUUUGAAAGGUCUAAAGGGGGCAGGACUUCAAAAAUCUAUUAUCGUUGGCAUUAUCAUUGCACGUUAUAUAGUAUUGCCUCUUAUUGGAAUUGGCAUUGUCAAAGGAGUACUGCAUAUUGGUUUAGUGAACCCAAGUCCACUUUAUCAAUUUGUUCUUUUACUGCAGUUUGCCCUUCCUCCUGCAAUGAACAUCGGCACCAUAACUCAGCUUUUUGGAACUGGAGAGAGUGAAUGUUCAGUUAUCAUGCUUUGGACAUACAUUUUGGCUUCUAUUUCCCUCACUCUUUGGUCUACCUUCUUUAUGUGGCUUGUGACACCAUAAAUCUAGUUAAGGUUUAAUGUAGCACAAAACAAUUACAACAUUUGAGCGAUUUGAAUAUCAAGAACAACUUAUUAGCGAAAAAGUUGUACACUCAAAAUGCUUAGUUCACUACUUUGAGAGGCUUUUCAUUAGUGUUUUUUUUUUUUGUCGGUGAUGAGAUCCUCUGUUACGAACGGGUCAUUGUACACUCUCAAAAAGAGGUGUAA